GAUUAUAUAGGAUGAAACGUUGGUUUUGACCGGACCAACUCGAUCAAUCGAGGUGUCCGACUCCGUGUUCUUCGAGGUGAAUCUCAAGUUGAAGGAGGAGGAGGAUGACGGCGAUGUCGUCGUCGACGACAGAGAAUUCAGCAAAGGGCUAAUCGAAUUUAGAAGCCUGAGCAUGCCAAGAGGUGUCGAGGAUGUGGUCGUCGGAAGCUGCAGCACGCUGGAUAGCAGGCUCAGCACGGUCGAGCUCUCCUACGCCUACAUCGGAGGCGCCGUCGAGGCCGCCGUCGACGUCACCCUGCGCCUGCCUGCCGCCGCCGGCGCCGGCCGCCAUCGUCGCUGCUUCCAUGGACAGAUCACUGCGUGCAGCAGCAGCAUCCCGGAUGCAUCCAUUGUGCUCUACGACAGCAGCAAAGUGAACGCGACCAGCAAUUCUUCAGCUGGAGGCGCCGCCGGAGACGUCGCCGUCGAUCUUGCCCGCCGCGUCAUGGCCGUCCGUGCGGCCGACGAGCUCGUCUUGACGCUCAUUGCUGCUGCAGGCGAUGCUGACUGCCACCAUUAUCGCACAAAUGUCGAAUUCACUCCAAGGAUCUGUGGUUCAGAGAGCCUUGAAGUCAGCAUCUGCGGAAUUAAGCUGCUCAUCAAGGUUUCCUGGUCUGCAUUUUAA